CAAACAGUUUGUUUAUGUUGUGAUCGACCACUCUACUCUGGGCAGCAGCAGCAGCAGCAAUCUUGCUUUCGCGGCAUACGUUCGUGUGUAUUGGGAAGGAAAAUCCCCACUGGAAAAAUUGUACAAAAAAAAGUGAGUCGCACAGUGCAGCAUGUCGAAACGCAAAGCGAGCUACGUGGUGGAGGAAGAUAACUAUCUGGACGAUUUGGUGCGCGACAAGCAGAACAAUCAACCCUCCACCAGCAAGCACACGCUCGAUUCCGACGAAGAAGACGACAGCGGUGAUGAUGCACCAUACAAUGUGCUGGACGAUAAUGAGAUCCAGGGUGAGGAGGAUGGGAUGGCCCGCAUCGAUGGGGAGACCAAGUUCACACCGUUCAACAUGAAGGAGGAGAUGGAGGAGGGCCACUUCGAUGCGGACGGGCACUAUCUGUGGAAGAAGCAGGUCGAGGUGAAGGACCACUGGCUGGACAACAUCGACUGGGUGAAGCUGAAGAACGACCCGAACUACAAGGAGCGCCCGGACAAGGGCGAAGAGCAGCGCGGGCUGGCCGAUAGCGAUUCGGACGAUGAGGAUGGUGAGGCGGCGGCGGCGGCCGGUGGAAAGUUCGAUGACAUUGCCACGUACCAGCAGAUGCUGGAGCUGAUGGAGCCGCGGGAAACGGUCAAACGGGCGCUGCAGCGGUUGGGCAAGGGUACGGCCAAGCUGACGACGGCCCAGCGCUGGAAGCUGAAGAAGGCGGGCAAGUCGCCGGACGAGUCGAGCGCCAAGAUCACGAAGCUGACCGAACUGUCGAACGAUAUACUGACCAACAACGGCAACAUGGAUGUGUACGAGGAAACGUUCGAGAUGAUCAAGCGGAAGGUGACGGAGGCGGAAAAGCGAAAGGCAGCUGCGGCAGCCGGCCCCGGGGAGGAGCUGGACAUGUACGCGGAUGAUUUCGGCAGUCGCGAACAGAGCAAGCUCGGUGCGGGCGGUGAUGGAAAGGAGGAGAUCGCCCAAGGGUCGAACAGUUCCACCGAGAAGAAGGGGGAAGAGGAGGAGGAGGAAAAAGACAAACCGUUGAUGUGGGAGUACAAGGAGCAACAGGAGGCGGAAACGAUACACGGCCCGUACACGACGGAGCAGAUGCAAAAGUUUGCCGAGGAGGGCCGGUUCACCGGUGGAGCGUUCGUGCGGAAGGUUGAGGAUGAGGAUGGGCGGUUCUACUCGGCCGCGCGGAUCGAUUUCGAGCUGUACCUGUAGGACGGUGGUAGGGGGGAGGGGGGUUUUAGGGUACGUACAAAGCCACAAAACUACGAUUAAGCGCUUCUAACAUCUUCUUAAUAAAGUCACACACUCACACACAUUUUUACAUCCCAUUUUUGUCAACCAUAAACCCGUUCAAUCCGUGUGUUCAAUUGAAACCGGCAUUUAUAAAUAGGGUUUUAAAUUAAUCAAUCUGAACGGAAGAAUUGAAACGAAUGUGAAAUAAUGUAUUGUUAAAUUACUCGGUUCUAGAUUGUUUUAGAAUCUUUCCAAAACGAAUUGAUAACAUCUUACAUUCAUUUGAAUGUUUCCGUGAUAAAAACUACACAAAUUUGCCAAUUAAAUCGUGUUAAAUUAUAAAUUGAUCUAAAAUUCAGCAAAAACCUAAAACCAAACCAAAACCCAUACUGAUCCUGCCACCAAUAUGUUGCCAAUAACGAUUUAAGAACUGCACACAACCAAUACUGGUUAUACCGGUCCUAGAUUCGAUCAUGAACCCAUAUCGGCCGUGGAAUCUGCCAUGAACCCAUACCGGUCCCGGAAUCUAUCUUGAACCCAUACCAAUCCUGGAACCUACCAUGAACCCAUAUCGGUCCAGGAACUGAUCUUAAACCCAUAUCGGUCUUGGAAUCUGUCAUGAACCCAUAUCGGUCCUGGAACCUGUCAUGAAUCCAUACCGGUCCUGGAACCUGUCAUGAACCCAUACCGGUUCUGGAACCUGUCAUGAAUCCAUAUCGGUUCUGGAACUGAUCUUUAACCAGUCCUAGACCAGUCCUAUCUAUACCAGUCGUAGAAUCGAUAAUGAAGCCAUACCGGUCCUGGAACUGAUCUUGAGCCUAUAUCGGUUCUGGAACCUAUCAUAAACCCAUACCGGUCCUGGAAUCCACUAUGAACCCAUACCGGUCCUCGAACCUGUCAUGAACCCAUAUCGGUACAGGAACUGAUCUUGAAUCCUUACCGGUCCUGGAACUGAACCUAUAUCGGUUCUGGAACCUAUCAUGAACCCAUACCGGUUCUGGAGCCCACCAUGAACCUAUAUCUGUCCAGGAACUGAUCUUGAGCCCAUAUCGGUCCUGGAACCUAUCAUGAACCCAUAUUGGUUCCGAAAUCUAUAUAGAACCCAUAUCGGUCCCGGAAUCUAUCUUGAACACAUACCGGUUCUGGAACUGAUCUUGAGCCCAUAUCGGUCCUGGAACUGAUCUUGAAUCCAUACCGGUCCUGGAACUGAUCUUGGAGCCAUACCGUUCAUGGAACCCAUCAUGAGCCCAUACCGAUCCUGGAACCCACCAUAAACUCAUAUCGGUACUGGAACCUGUUAUGAACCCAUACCAGUCCUCAAACCUGCCAACUUUUCAUCGACAAUACCAUGUUGAAAACACCGGUUCUCGUCAAACCUGUUAAGAACCCAUAUCGGUCCUGCAACCUAUCAUGUACUCGUACUGGCCCUGAAACCUGUGAUGUACUCGUACCGGUCCGGCCCUGUAAUCGAUGGUGAAUCCAUACCGAUCCAGAUAUAAUUCCCGAUUUCAUUUUUUUUUGUUGAAGCAGUAGAUGGAGCUGUUCCAGAUUCGAAUUCGGAACGAUACUUGAUACCGGGUCUGAGUAGUAGGAAUUGGCGUAGGAAUUUGUACAGUGAUUAUGAGAAUUACAGAGUCCUCUUAAACCAACAUUGUUGCUCAGCAUUAUUCAACACUCACGACAUGAUUUUCAACAGCUGUCAAUGUGUUUGUGUACUGUUGAAAAACAUCUCACGAGCGUUGACUAAUGCUGUUA